UAAUGAUUGUCGAUUGACAUCACGAUUCACUGCUGAAAUUACAAGUGAAAUCUCAGAAUAACGAAUCCUAGUGGAAUCCUAGUGAAAUACGGAAAAGUAUAGUGAAUUAAUAGUUCAAUAUUCAUAUUUUAGCUACAUAUUUGAUAGUAUAGCUUUAUAAAAAUAUUAUCUAGACGUUGAUGUUGCAAGAAUAAGAAGACGUACCUAUCAAUUCAAUAAAUAUAAGAUAUUAUCUAAGAUAUAAAUUUCAUCAUUCGAUUUAUUACUUAAUUUACUAAACCGUAAAAAGAUAACGAAGAUUUUGUGGUGCCUUCAAGAAACUUCAGUUGACAUUCACAAUGAUUGAAACAUGUUCAAAGAGAUGUAUGUUUUUUGGAACUCUAUCACUAGGAAUCUUGACAAUUGUAGUUCUAAUAUUAGAAUCACAUCUUGCUGAUACUUUAUCUGGUAGUCAAAGGAGGAAUAAGACAUUUCCAACAGAAAAUAACUCAACAUGUUGGAUCAAUCAGCCGUAUACAAUUAUAAGUGAAUGUCACCCCUGUUCAGAUUUCGAAAUUCGAAGCAAAAGCAUUGGUGUAUGCAUACACACAAGUUUUAAAGAAAUAUUAAAAUGUGAGAAUGGAGAAACGGUCACUAGAAGCUGCGAUCGUGUAGCAUAUUUAGAAGAAAGAGCCUUCUGGAAAUUCACAAUUUGGACCUUUAUAGUUGGCAUGGUGUCCUCUAUUGCUGUGAUGUUAAGAAUGAGAGUUUUGAAUCAUAGAGCAAAGAGGAGGGCGAGGCAAGCGCUUGCUAAUGGAACUAUUUAAGCAGACUUAACAUGUAUUAAUUAUUUAUUGUGAUAACAUGUAAGUAAUCAAAAAGUAUUUGAUUUAAAUAAUAUGUAUAUCAAUAAAAUUUUAUUAUAAAAAUAA